AAUCUUCCUCAAGCUCCAAUUCCAGUGCAAAAUGCAAGAAAUGUUACCCCAGAGCAAAAUCUGCCACCAGCCCCCGAAAGCGAUCUCAUAUCAUUCGAUGAAAACCUACCAAUGUUUCAGCCAACCCAGCCGAGAGAGGCAGUCGACCUUUUAACUAAUAAUGAAAAAGAUAGCAAACCAAGUGAUGAUGUGGAACAUCUAAGCUCUGCUUCUUCAGAAUAUGAUACUGCUGAAGAAGAUCCUGAUGUUUAUUUCGAAAAAAUCAACGAUCUAUACAUUAAUAGAAUAACAGAAACUGAAAAAUUUAAUGAAGAUGAAGUAUGUGAUUAUUAUGCUUUUGUUCCAAAAGAAUAUUAUGCUGAAGGUGAGCCUUUAGCCUUCUUUGAAUCAAUCGAAGAAAAAAUAGAGAAUAUAUACAAAAAAGAAUUAACUUUAAAGGGAGGGUUAAAAGUAAGAAUCGUGUUAUAUGCAUAUAUGAAGAAAAUAGAGCCAGAAACCCAAGAACCUAAAUAUAAAACUUUUCUGUUCAAACAUGAAACUAUAGAAGUUAUUAGAGAAGAUCGAAUUAACGCAACUAUAGAAAAAGGAUAUAACGAAAUUAUAGACCAGAUUGAGGAUGAAGCAAUACAAGAAUCAGGAUGGUCUUUUGUUCGAGCAGAAGAGGUAUUUCUCGAAAUAAGCGCAUUCAGACCUUUGCAUGGUAGUAGCUAUUUAUCUUUACCAGAAGCUUUGGAUAAACCUCAACUAGGAUUAAUUAAUCCUCAAAAUAGAGACGAUAAUGAAUGUUUCAAAUGGUGUAUAAGUGCAUAUCAUAUAAGAGAAGAAGCAAUAAAAAAUAAUAGAAAGCCACCACAUCUUAAUGAAAUCCAUAGACUUAGACGAAAUGCAAAUAUAGCAAAUUAUGAAGGCAUAAAAUUUCUAGCAACAUUACACGAUAUUGAUAAAUUCGAAGAAAUUAACCCUAACUAUGCUAUUAAUAUAUUUAGACCAGUUUAUAGUGAAGCUUUUGGAACAAUAAAAGUAGAUAUAGACCCAUUACAUAUUUCAGAACGAAAUUAUCAGGUCGAACAUAUGAUAGAUUUAUUAUAUUUAACAGAAAGUGAGGAGAAUUUAAAUGAUCGAAAAAAUCCUAAUGAUAUACCUGAAGGACUUAAAACACAUUAUAUUCUUAUAACAGAUUUUACUCGAUUGACGCAUAAAUGGAAUAAUCAUCAUGAUAAAAAAUACUUUUGCCGAAAAUGCUUACGAUUUCCUUAUAGUUGA